AUGACACAUUCUCUUUUUGAGGUGGCGAAACGUUGUUCCAAGAUCACAGAGUCGUACUUACUCAUCAGUAGUGGCAGUGCAAUCAUCCAAAGUACGCAAAAUGCUAUCAGAGUAACGCAAAGGUGCCUACUGGAGGAUGUGUUCCCCAAAUGGAAUCCACUAGAGGGAGCUAUUUCGUUUUCUUACAACGGUGGAAAGGAUUGCCAGGCACUUCUAGUGAUUUACUUGGCUUGUCUUUGGGAAUACUUUAUGAGGGGGGUUGCUGAGUCACAAUACGAUGCUCAGUACCAGAGAUUCUGGAUACAUCGCCUCCCGGCCGUCUAUAUUGAUCAGGCUGAGACCUAUGGGUCGCUGGAGAACUUUGUGGAGGCAACGGUCGAGCGCUAUGCUCUCGCAUUAUAUGAGUCUCCGAAAGAGCGCAAAGUCUCUAUGGCGGAGGCCUUCAAGGACUACUUAGAGCUUUAUCCGAAAACCAAAGCUAUUGUUAUAGGCAUUCGCCACACCGACCCGUACGCUGAGAAGUUAAGUCCGGUUCAAAAGACCGACGCUGGUUGGCCCGAGUUUAUCCGUGUCCAACCGUUAUUGCACUGGAAACUGGCGAAUAUAUGGAGCUUCCUUCUGUAUUCUGGCGAAGAAAUAUGCGGUCUCUAUCAGGUAGGGUUCACGUCAAUUGGCGGCAUAAACUCCACAACACGGAACCCCUACCUCUUGGCCACCAAGGCUGCCACUGAAGAGGGAACAGUUUCGAACGAAGAACGAAUAAAUAACCACUUUACCUGGGAGAUCUCCAAUGCCUAUGGGUUGGAGCAGGCGGAUGACAAGCCACACUGCUCAGCACUCACUGAUGACGACUUGCGCCUCAUCGCCUCGCACUCACAGCAGGACUACCUCCCCGGAUGGUUCUUAAUCAACGAUCGCUGGGAGCGCGCUGGCCGGGACUCCAGAGCGUAG